CUAUAGUGUUAAGAGUAAAAAGAAAUAAAAAACCUUUGAUUCUUAAAUAAUGCAAAUGUAUUGUUUUUACAUAACUUCAGAAUGGCAGCAAAGCACAGCAAAGACAGUCCCCUUACUGAUGUGCAUAAAAGGACUUUACAAAGAUGUCACUAUGAUAUAGUCCCAAACCUGGAAAUCAGGGAUUUAGUCGAUGUUUGCCACCGAGAUGAGAUUCUAACAAGCUCUAUGAUCGAAGAAGUUAUGGCAGAGAAAACAGCCUCAGAGAGAUGUAGAAUCUUUUUACGAAAACUAGAAACACGUUCUAUAAAAGCAUUUAAUUCAUUUAUUGAAGCAUUGAAGGAACAUUAUGAUUUUUUGGCAACAAUGAUUGAAAUGCGACUCCGUGAGGAAACUCUUGUCCAAGCUAGCAUCAAUUUAGAACUUGCAUUUGACAUUGCCCCAGUUGAUGUAGAAGCACUGGAACCUAACGAACUUAGCAACAUGCAAACUAUGUUAAAGAACAUUGAAGCCUUGGCACAAAAACUGAUAGUCAAGUAUAAUGUUGAGAAAAAAGCAGCCAAAGCAGAUGACAAAGAUGGUGCUUUUAAUGGAGAUGAACAAACAAACAAGCUGCAUAUAGAUCAGGUUCCUGAAAGAACAGAUGGAACACAGAGAGAACCAUUCACCUCAUCUGACAGGAUGUUGCUGGAUGUUGCUCAAAUCAAAGAGAGUAAGUCCAUCGAAGAGAAUGUUCUCAAUUUCACAAGAUCUAUAAUAGUCCUAUCAAAUGGACUCUAUGUUAUGUGUGGAGCAGAUGCAGAAUUAAAUGUAUACAAAAAAAGUUAUAAAACCUUGCUGUGUGACAAUCAGUGUAAUGUUUUGAAGACUCUAGUUGCAGAUAAAGCGUUAUGUGUAGCAACUUAUGCUGACAUGGUGGCAGUGUGGACAGGUUAUGACAAUGAUACUGGUAGAGUGAGGUUGUUUGACAUCAGAGGUGAACCCAUAAGAGACAUACUAAUACCCACUAUAGAAAACCCAAUGGCUAUAGCAUUCAACGAGCACCAAGAGCUAAUCAUAGCUAAUCACACAGACAAAACGAUUUCUCACUUCAACAUCAUUACACGUAAUGUUACAAACACAACUCCAAGUGGGAUGUUCAAAGCCAUGGUCAGCAUUGCCUCCAUCAACCACAACUCCAUUUUAAUCGCUGACUUUGAAGAUGCGUCUGUGAAAAUCAUCAACAGAAAGGGGGAUCUGCUAGCCUUCUAUAGAGGUGAGGGAGACUACAAUUUGAAGUAUCCUAUGAGUGUUUGCGUUGAUAGUGCUGGUUACAUCAUCAUAGCUGACUAUGGAAAGCACAACAUCCAGCUCCUCUCCCCUGAGGCCAAUUUCAAGAAAAUCAUAAUGAGUGAAAGUGAUGGAAUUAAAUACCCUAGUGCAGUUACUCUGAACAACCAGGGGGACCUUGUAAUUGGCACAUCCAAAUCAGCAAAUGUGUAUGUAGUCAAAUAUAUGGUCUGAUCACCCUAAAAAUGCAAUCUGAUUUUCGACGCCGUUUCUGUGCCAAACUUUGGUGCCUAAUUCGGCACCAAAUGGACUGACUAGUCCGGUAGCAAAUUUUGGUGUCGAAAGGUUUCAGUGCCAGAACGGUGUCGAAAUGGUGCUGGAACAGUGCCAAAUUUGUUCGAUGCCAAAACGGCGUUGUAGCUACUUUUCUUGUAGUUCCAACUAGGCGUCAGACAGUUAAUCUAAACUGCAUACUGCAGAGCUCCAACCAUCAUUGGCCACAACUGUAGGCUCAAUUCUCGGAUUUCACAUUAAUUGAGGAAAAGUACAGUUCAUAAAUACAUGUGCACCUAAAAUAACGCAGAUCAAGAAAAAAUGACUGCUGAGGACAUUGAGAAAAACACCAAUGGAUGAGAAAGAUAUUCAUGUUCAAGUAUUAGAUUCAGCUAACACCAAUAUCAUUUCAACAGUAAAGUGUCUAGUAUUACAUUUGAAAAACAGAGACAUAGCCUGAAACAUGAGAUAAUAAAUACAUGGUUAGGUUAAUUUUGUUUUACAUUCUUAUGAUCAUACAGGUAGCAGAAUAUAAUGGUGCAAUAAGAACUAAAUAACAAAACGAAAAACCAAACUGAGGGAUUCAAAAACCAAACUGAAAAUGGUGACAACACCUGAUCCCUACUAUCAAAUAAAAACAACUUUAUAAUUUAUAAGCUACAGUACACAUUUUGUAAAUUUGUGAGCAUGAAAACAAAUAUGAGGAACUUUUUUAUAACGUAAACAUUGAAAUAGCAAUGGAAGACUUGGGUUGCAUUGAGGACUUUUGGAGGGAAGUGUGAAAGAUUAUGUACAUGUAUGUUUAAAACAAAUUGAAGAAAUAAAAAUUCUAAUCAAGAUUUUUACCUGGUUCAGCCAGAUUCAGAUUGCCCAUGUGAAUCUCUGUGUUAUUCUCUCCAUGACCAAUAGCAAUCAGAUAGGACUUGGUAUGCAAAUCAAAGUCUUGAGAUUUAACUCUGUCAACACAGUGCUGUAAGAUCACUGUUGGCUGUGUGGAUACACUAUAGUAUGUGCCUAGGACUUCUACUAAACCAUACUGGAAAUAAAAUAUUAAUCUGAUACACUAUAGUAUGUGCCUAGGACUUCUACUAAACCAUACUGGAAAUAAAAUAUUAAUCAGAUGCACUAUAGUAUGUGCCUGGGACUUCUACUAAACCAUACUGGAAAUAAAGUAUUAAUCAG